GAUUACCACUUUGAGUACACGGAGUGCGACAGCAGCGGCUCCAGGUGGAGGGUCGCCAUCCCCAACUCUGCUGUGGACUGCUCCGGCCUGCCGGACCCCGUGAGAGGAAAAGAGUGCACCUUCUCCUGCGCCUCUGGAGAGUACCUGGAGAUGCGGAGCCAGGUGUGCAGCAAGUGUGCCGAGGGCUCCUACUCCCUGGGCAGUGGCAUCAAAUUCGACGAGUGGGAUGAGCUGCCCGCGGGCUUCUCCAAUGUGGCGACCUUCAUGGACACGGCGGUCAGCCCCUCCGACAGCAGGCCCGAUAGCUGCAGCAACUCCUCCUGGACCCCUCGGGGGAGCUACGUCGAGUCGAAUCGCGAUGACUGCACAGUGUCGCUGAUCUAUGCCGUGCACCUGAAGAAGUCCGGCUACAUCUUCUUUGAGUACCAGUAUGUCGACAACAACAUCUUCUUUGAGUUUUUCAUUCAGAAUGACCAGUGCCAGGAGAUGGAUGCCACCGCCGACAAGUGGGUGAAGCUCACGGACAGUGGAGAGUGGGGCUCGCACUCUGUGAUGCUGAAGUCAGGCACAAACAUCCUCUACUGGAGAACCACAGGCAUCCUCAUGGGCUCCAAGGCAGCCAAGCCUGUGCUGGUGAAGAACAUCACCAUUGAAGGGGUGGCGUAUACCUCGGAGUGCUUCCCCUGCAAGCCCGGCACGUUCAGCAACAAGCCUGGCUCCUUCAGCUGCCAGGUGUGUCCUCGCAACACCUACUCAGAGAAGGGCGCCACGGAGUGCGUGCGCUGUGAUGAGGACUCCCAGUUUUCAGAAGAGGGGUCCAGCGAGUGCACGGAGCGCCCGCCCUGCUCCACAAGGGACUAUUUCCAGAUCCACGCAGCCUGCGACGAGGAAGGCAAGACACAGAUCAUGUACAAGUGGAUAGAGCCCAAAAUCUGCAGGGAGGACCUCAGAGGUGCUAUUCGACUGCCCCCUUCUGGAGAAAAGAAGGAUUGUCCCCCCUGCAACCCCGGAUUCUACAGCAAUGGAUCAUCUUCGUGUCACCCCUGCGCUCCUGGGACGUAUUCAGAUGGCACAAAGGACUGCAGACCCUGCCCUGCAGGCACAGAGCCAGCCCUGGGGUUUGAGUACAAAUGGUGGAACGUCCUUCCUGGGAACAUGAAAACCUCCUGCUUCAACGUGGGCAAUUCGAAGUGUGAUGGGAUGAACGGGUGGGAGGUGGCCGGAGAUCAUAUCCAGAGUGGAGCUGGAGGCUCAGACAAUGACUACCUGAUCCUAAACCUGCACAUCCCGGGGUUCAAGCCUCCGACGUCCCUGACAGGAGCCCCGGGCUCGGAGCUGGGGAGGAUAACGUUCGUGUUCGAGAUGCUCUGCUCCGCUGACUGUGUCCUGUACUUCAUGGUGGAUAUUAACAGAAAAAGCACCAACGUGGUGGAAUCAUGGGGCGGAACCAAAGAGAAACAAGCUUACACUCACCUCAUCUUCAAGAAUGCCACGUUCACAUUCACGUGGGCCUUCCAGAGGACCAACCAGGGCCAGGACAACAGACGGUUCAUCAAGGAUGUGGUGAAGAUCUAUUCCAUCACAGCCACUAACGUAGUCGAUGGAGUGGCGUCUUCGUGCCGCGCCUGUGCCCUGGGCUCUGAGCAGUCGGGCUCAUCGUGUGUCCCCUGCCCCCCAGGCCACUACAUUGAGAAGGAGGCCAACCAGUGCCAGGAGUGUCCACGCGACACCCGCCUGUCCACCCACCAGGUCUACGGCCGGGAGGCGUGCAUUCCCUGUGGGCCCGGGAGCAAGAGCAGCCAGGACCAUUCAGUUUGCUACAGUGACUGCUUCUUCUACUAUGAAAAAGAAAACCAGAGCUUGCACUAUGACUUCAGCAGCCUGAGUACCGCAGGCUCUCUAAUGAAUGGCCCCAGCUUCACCUCCAAAGGGACAAAGUACUUCCACUUCUUCAACAUCAGCCUGUGUGGACACCGGGGGAAGAAGAUGGCUCUCUGCACCAACAACAUCUCAGACUUUACGGUGAAGGGAACAGUGGUGGGCUCAGAUGAUUACGCGAAUCUGGUAGGAGCAUUUGUGUGCCAGUCAACUAUCAUCCCUUCUGAAAGCAAGGGUUUCCGAGCAGCCCUUUCUUCCCAGUCCAUCGUCUUGGCAGACACAUUCCUAGGAGUGACAGUUGAAACCACAUUGCAAAACAUUAAUGUAAAAGAAGACAUGUUCCCUGUUUCACCAAGCCAAGUACCUGAUGUGCAUUUCUUUUAUAAGUCUUCCACGACUACGCCAUCGUGUGCUGAUGGCCGAUCCACUGCUGUGAAAAUGAGGUGUGACCCUACAAAAGCUGGAGCAGGCGUGAUCUCAGUCCCCAGCAAAUGCCCAGCAGGCACCUGUGAUGGGUGUGCAUUCUACUUCCUGUGGGAGAGUGCCGAGGCCUGCCCACUGUGCACGGAGCUUGACUUCCAUGCCAUCGAGGGUGCCUGUAGGCGGGGGCGGCAGGAAACCUUGUAUGUGUGGAAUGAACCCAAAUGGUGCAUUAAAGGAAUUUCUUUGCCUGAGAAAAAGCUGUCGGCCUGUGAAACUAUCGACUUUUGGCUGAAAGUGGGAGCUGGUGUGGGAGCUUUCACUGCCGUUUUGCUGGUGGCCCUCACAUGCUACUUCUGGAAAAAGAAUCAAAAAUUGGAGUACAAAUAUUCCAAGCUAGUGAUGACAACAAACUCGAAGGAGGGCGAGCUCCCAGCUGCAGACAGCUGCGCCAUCAUGGAAGGGGAAGACAAUGAGGAAGAAGUUGUGUAUUCCAAUAAACAGUCGCUCCUGGGAAAGCUCAAAUCCUUUGCAACAAAGGAAAAGGAAGAACAUUUUGAAUCUGUUCAGCUGAAAUCCUCACGAUGCCCCAAUAUGUGAAGUGGUCAUGCUGUGGGCUUCAGAGACGUGGUCCACGAAAGCCACUCCCCAGCUGUGCAGGACCACGGUUAGGACUGUGCUCUGAUGGGGCUUCCUCAUGGGCUGUGCUGCUGAGAGCUCAGAUUGCCUACCCAAGCGCUCCAGGACUUUGCCAAACCAAGCAAUGCAAAUGGCGGGACCUCGACUGCACGCAGGCUUCACUCAGGAAGAGCUGCCGUACGUCCGCGUGCCCGGCGGCACACAGGCCUGUGCCCAGGUGCAUGCCAGGGACCAGCAGGUGGCCUUCCCUCUCCUGUCCAUUAGUGGGCGUGUUCUGCAGUGCGGAGGCGAGCACAGGCCUGAGAUCUUGUUUAUGUUUGUUUAUAUUUUGGAAAAGAUGAGAAAAAUUUUCUAAGGUAUAAUUAUUUUUUCCAUUAUUUAUUUUCCCAACAGACCUUAAAUCAUCUUUUCUAUUAAAAAUGUUAGUCAAUGAAAGACAAUAAACUUUCGUGUUUAUAGGGUAUUUUCUCUUGAUUUCACAGACUUCUCAGUGACAUUUUAGGGGAAUUGGCACGUGCGCGGGGUAUUUAUUUCUAACCACCUUUGAAACUCCAUCCUUGUUGGCAUUCGCAAGAAGAGUUUGCCCCAAAGCUGGAAGGAGUAUUUAAAAAAUGUAAAAGACAGUGAGAAGCCCUGGCUUACCUAGUAUGCAGAAGGGGGGCUCGACACGGCGGGGGCCAGAGG